CAGGCGAGUGUUGUCUCCCUUGAAUCUCCAUAGGUGUCGCUUCAAAGAGACGCUUGUUCCUGUCCCUAACCGUGGUCCAACACAUUCUGAAACAAUGUCACACAAGAUGUUGGAGAAAGACAGGCCAGGGAAAAUCUUCAUUGGUGGCCUAGCUGUAGAGGUGGAUGAAGCUGUUCUGGAAAAAGAGUUCUCCCAGUUUGGAAGAAUCACCGAGGUCCUGGUGAUCAAAGACAAAGUUAGGAAGAUUUCUCGAGGCUUUGGUUUUGUAACAUACGAAAAUCCAAUAGAUGCUGAAGAUGCCGUACAGAAAAUGGAUGGAAAGGAGCUGAAGGGGAAAAAACUGCAUGUUGAAGAUGCAGUAAGAGGAGGCACAAUGUCACACGACUCAUCCAGCAGAUUCAACCGUGAUGGUGGAUAUAGCAGGGAGGGCUUUAGUAGGGGUCGUUCUUCCAGAGGUGGACCUCCAAGAGGCCGAGGUGGUCCUCCCAGAGGUCGAGGUGGAUUUCCUCCAGAGAUGGGCCUCCACGUGAUGGUCCUCCUCGUGGUGGAUCGGGAUAUGGAGGACGUGGUGGGAGUUUCAGCAGAGGUGGUGGCGGCCGUGGAGGAAUGGAGUCGGUCUUCUCCCCCACCUAUGAGAAGAGAUGAUUCUCCACCAAGAAAAGCACCUCUUAUUUCAAGGGGCCCACCUGGGCGUGGUCGCAAUGGGUUUGAAUCCAGUAGAGGGAGACCCAUGUCAGGUGGUUUUGAUGGAAGAAGAGAAGACAGAUAUGAAAGUGCUGGGUUUUCUGAGCGUGGUCCACCACGAUCCAGGGAUCCUUAUCCACCUUCUCCACCUAGAGAAAGUGGGCGUGGUGGUAGUUUGAUGGACAGUCGAAUAGCUUCGACUAGGAGCUCCCGGGAUUACCCUCCCAGUUCUCGUGAUUACCCACCCAGCCGUGAUUAUCAAAGCCAGCGAGAUUACAGUCCAGAUAGAGUCAAUGACAGAUACUCACACAGAGACAGCUACCCAGCAUCCCGUGAUGAUAGGGGGACAGCUAUGGUCGAGGAGGCAGCAGAAGUGAUUACCUAGCACCACGUAGUGAUCCUAGAGAUGCUCCCCGUGAUUCCUAUCAAUCUCGAGGAGCAGGCGAUAGUUACUCUUCUAUGUCUUCUCGUGAUUACAGAGAUUCUGCCAGUAGCCGGGGUGCAGAUCGUUUUGACAGGGACUUCGAGGGGGGAUCGAGUAGCAUGCGUUUCUCCAGAGACUUAGACAGUCGAGGACCUCCACGCAGUGAUUACGACAUGCAUCGUGGAUUCAGGCCCACCCAGCAGGGGCUAUAGCGGGAGCAGUGGUGGACCAGGCAGCGGUUCAAGAGGACCUCCUCCAUUCUCAUCUUCGCGUGGACCAUAUCCUCCAGGAGGCAGUGACAGACGCAGCAGCACAGGUGGGGACAGAGAUGGUUUUAACCCUGGAGCAAGGAGACCAGGUGGCCCCCCUCCAUCCAGAGGACCACCCCCUCCUAAACGACCCCGCUCAGAUGCACCCCCAAGUAGGGGUGGACCUCCUCCCUCCUUCAGGCGCUAGGUUUCUAAUCAAUGGUGUGAAGUAAACAUCAUGAGCAGGUCAAGUCCUCAGUGUUUGAACACAAGUAACCUUAAGCUCUUUCCCUUCACCAUUCUGGGGGAAGUACGAAUGUACAGUGUUCACUGUUCGUCAACUGUAUUGAAGCUUGAAGUCAGUUACUAUUUUCUGUGUUAGACUGUGCGUACUUUAUCAGGUGGAAACAAAUCCAUGCCAGCACAAGGACUCUGGUGUGGCAAGUGUAGAAAGCAUCUUGACAAAGGCAGCAGGAAAGAGAACAUGAGAAGACUAGAGCUUCCUGGAGCAUAUGUUGAAUGUUUUACCAAGUACUCUUCACAGAAGGAGACUCGAAAAUUGCGUACAGAGCAGGCAUAUUUCCAGUGGAUACCCUUUUCCAUUAUCAAAUCAUUUUUAAACUCUUAAAUGUCAUGACAUGCAUUGUGAGGUUUUACAUUGUUAAUUACUCUCAUCUAGAAAAUUUUAUCAGCCAGUUUUUUUUUCUAAUCAUGCUAAUUUCUAUGUUUACAGUUGCUUUUUGUAGUGUAUCUAUUGUAUGUCUGUAUUAAAGAUGCUGAGAAGAUUUUA